GUGUGCCAUACUCUCGAUAUCCAACUCAUAAAAAAACAUUCAGAUGAAAUGGCAUCACUAAAACUUCAGGAAAUGCCCAAGGCUUACUUGUUUACAUCAGAGGAAGUCAAAGCCAAACUAGUUCCAGGGACUGUUGUCUGUGAUGUUGGUUGUGGUAGUGGAAUGCCUAUGUGUACAGUAGCACAGUUGUAUCCUGCAUGCCAAUUCUAUGGUGUUGAUCUUUCCGAGAAGACCAUCGCUGCAGCUCGAACUCGAGCACUUGAAAUGAAACUCUCAAACGUCACUUUCCUCCAAUGCGACGCAUCCAAAAUGGCGGAUAACUGGAAAUCCAAGUUCGACAUUGUCUUCGCAAUUGACGUCGUACACGAUCUUCCUCGACCUGACCUUGUUCAUAACGAAAUUAUGCGCAUUAUGAAAGAUGAUGGUAUAUAUAUUAUUGAGGAACCUGAUGGUCAUAGCAACCAUGCUGAUAAUAUUGGCAUGCAUCAUGCUGCUUGGCGUUACACUUGGAGUAUGUUUCGUUGCUUGGCAACAUCACUGUAUUUUGACAAUAGUUUUGGUUUAGGGGCAAUGUGGGGCAAGGAACGUGUGAUGGAGUUCUUAGAACAAAUGGGAUUUGAAUGUGUUUCUUCUUACACAUUAGAUAAGAUUAGGAGAAUAGUUUACCUAUGUAGAAAAAAAUGA